AUGGUGGCCCGCUGGGGUGUCUGGAGGAUUGUGGCGGCGGCUCUGUGUCGUGGGGCGAUGGCGUCUGUGCCCUGCCAGUUGCACCACGGCGGGCCGGCGAUGUGUGUGGUCAUCAGGCGACUGGGUAAAGAUGAGCCAUCCAGCUACAUCUGCACCUCUUGUAAACAGACCUUCACCAGCGCCUGGUUCCUGCUCCAGCACGCCCAACACACCCACGGCAUCCGCAUCUACCUGGACACACACCCCUCCAAUUACACCCUCACCCCUCGCAUGGCCCUACCCCCUCCCAUGGGUGGCGGAGACUCUCUCCCUCGUUCUCCCUUACCAACCUUCCUGGGGGACACCUCUAACCCCUUCCACCUCCUCCGGAUGGCGGCGCCACUACUCAGGGAGCACCACCCACACCAUCCCCAACACCCUCACCACCCCCGUCCCCCUCCGGGCUAUCUGGACACCCGGCUCCCUGCCACCCAACCCUUCGUCAGACCCCCGCCCCCCAGACACCUCCUGGAGCGCCUGGGGCCAGAGGAGAUGGGGUCCCUGCUCUUCCAGCACCCCAGUGCCUUUGAGAGGGUGAUGCGUCUGACCCCAAUGGAACCUCCUUCCAUGGACUUCUCCAGAAGGCUCAGAGAGCUGGCGGUUGGCAACAAUACUAACAACGGAGGCCCUACACCUCCUCUCUCGCCCACCCGGGUGCCCCCCAUGCACCGCCUGCUGAGUCCAACUCUCUUCCAGUCGGGCUCCAAGCCCCCACAGUUCCUCACCUACCCCCCACAGCCCCCCACGCCUCAGGGAAACGCCACCACUCCUCCCCAGGGCCAGAACCAGUCCAAGUCCUGUGAGUUCUGUGGGAAGACCUUCAAGUUCCAGAGCAACCUGAUAGUCCACAGACGGAGUCACACAGGAGAGAGGCCCUACAAGUGUCAUCUGUGUGACCAUGCCUGUUCUCAAGCCUCCAAGCUGAAGAGACACAUGAAGACACACAUACAUAAGUCAGGCUCCAUGGGGAGCUCCCCUGAACAGGGGAACAGAGGAGAGGGAGGAGAGGGGGAGGAGAAGAGCAGAGAGGGGGAGGGAAGAAUGGGGAUGGACAUCGAGGAGGAGGAAGAGGAAGAGGAAGAGGAAGAAGAGGAGGAGGAAAUUGAGGAUGAGGAGGAGAUGAGGAACGGCCUAAGUAGGCCUGAGUCUAACCUGAGCAUGGACUCAGAGUUCCACAAGAACAGGGAGAACGGGUCGAGGCCUUCCCCAGAUGAGAAGCCUCAUGGUGGGGAUAGAGUGACGGAGAGCGGAGGGGUGGGUAUCAUGCACCCAUACAACCACCUGGACAAUCAUGUGAGGCUGGCCCCUUCCAAGAAGACCAUGAGUCUGGACAGGGAGAGGCAGCCUAAUAGAGAAGCGAUGGACAGAGAGAGAGAGAUUGAAAGAGAGGAGAGGCCCUUGAUGAACGGAAGAAUUAGUGGGUCUGAAGACUCUUUCUCUGGACUGUUCCACCGCCGGCCCACCCCCAUCACCAGCCCCAACCCCUCCAACAAGAGAAUCAAGGUGGAGAAGGAGUUGGAGCUCCCCGCGGCUCCGACCCUCAUCUCCCCAGAGAACAUGUAUUCCCAGCUCCUGGCCGGCUACGCCGCCUCACGCCACUUCAUCAGAGAACCCUUCCUCCACGGCUUCAGUGACGCCCACCAGUCCCCCUUCGCCACUUCCUCAGAGCACUCCUCCUCCGAGACAGGUUCCCUCCGCUUCUCCACCUCUCCUGGGGAAUUCCUGGAGGGAGUGGGCGCAUCGGGCCGCAGCGGCAGCUCCACCCCUCACCUCCUGCGGGGUCCCGGGCCGGGUCGACCCCCUAGUAAGGAGAGCAGACGGAGCGACACCUGUGAGUACUGUGGGAAGAUAUUCAAGAACUGCAGCAACCUGACGGUGCACCGACGUAGCCACACGGGAGAGAGGCCCUACAAGUGUGACCUGUGCAGCUACGCCUGCGCCCAGAGCUCCAAGCUAACUCGCCACAUGAAGACCCACGGGCAGUUUGGGAAGGAGGUGUACCGCUGUGAUAUCUGCCACAUGCCCUUCAGCGUCUACAGCACCCUGGAGAAACACAUGAAGAAGUGGCACGGGGAACACUUGAUGGCCAGCGACGUCAAACUGGAGGAGGCUGAGAGAGGCUAG